CUUUUUGUCUAUGGUUCGUUAUGGCUUCCUCCUAUUCAUAUCCUGAGUUAUUUUUGGCGGGUUUUAUAUUUACCUUGCCAUUUUUAUACGAAAAAAGCAAUGUUUUUCGAUAUUAUUUAAAGUUUUUUCUUUACUAUGUUUAUGUGCUAAUAACAUGUACAAUAUUACUGCCUGUAGUGUUAUUAUAUCCGCGCGACGUUACAAAUCUAAUCGUAGCAUCUCGGUUCUGCCGGUAUGCUUCUCAUAUCGUUGGGAUAGAGUGGGAAUUAAAGGGAAUGGAACACUGGGAUAAUGAACAAUGCUACAUCGUAAUUUCUAAUCAUCAAAGCUCGUUAGAUAUUUUAGGUAUGUUUGAAAUGUGGCCUCGCAUGAAACGAUGUACUGUUGUCGCGAAAAGACCUUUAAUGUUUGCUGGUGCAUUUGGCUUUGGGGCUUGGCUUUCAGGUUUAGUUUUUAUAGACCGUCUUAAAACUGAAAAAGCUCGGCAACUAAUGAAAGAGGCUACUAAAAGAGUAAUACAGGACAAGACCAAGCUUUGGAUCUUUCCUGAGGGAGCGCGAUUUAAUAAAGGCAGUAUACAGCCUUUCAAGAAAGGAGCAUUUUAUCUAGCAAUUGAUGCCCAAAUACCAAUAAUGCCUGUUGUGUUUAGCCAGUACUAUUUUCUUGACAAUGAAACAAAAACAUUUGAACCAGGAAAAGUUGUUAUUACUACUUUGCCCCCUAUACCUACAAAAGGAAUGACAAGAAACGAUUUGGAAUCUCUUUCUGAUAUGGCUCGUGAACAGAUGAUUGAAGUAUUCAAUGAAAGUUCCAAGGAUCUAGUAAAACAAAAGAAAAUAGCUAUCUAGGAAAUCUUAAUUCGACACCUAGAAUAGGUAUAUAAAAGUAUAAUUUGCUCCAUAUCAUAUACAAAAAAAUAUAUAAUCUAGGUGUGAAUUUUUGCCAAAGAUAUUAAAAUUGUUAAGUUUGCAUUAAAAAUACAUUUAGUCUAUUAAUUUCUAGUCAGAAUGAUACCUACCUUAUAUAUAUAUUUAUAUUUGUUAUAUUCUAUUUCCAUAUAUAAUCAUGAAAUUUGUUUAUAUAUCUAUGCAUUUAUUUAAAAAAGCUAGUCAUGUAGAAAAAUAACAAUCUAAGUUAUUGUUGUAUAUUAUUUAAUAAAAAAAUGAAUUGUAA